AUGGGUCGGGCACGAUUGGGCCAGAAGGCGGAACUUUAUCUUACCUUAAUCGAUGAUUUGACAGAGUCCAGGACGCAUGGUAUUUCCGGGCGGGAGGUGAUUCGUACGUUAAUAAAUCAGGUAAAGCAGUUAACAAUGGACUUGGCAGAGACGCAUAGCCCGAAAGACAUUAACGCUGCCGUUAGGUUAGCUACGGAUCAGGAGAUAGAUAUAGCGACAGGGGUAUGCAAUACGCGAGUCAUUUUGUCUGCUGACGUGCGAUCUUACAGGUGUGGGCGCUCAGGGCACGUCCAGAGGCAGUGCCGUCAGUCACAACGUGAGAACUGUCGUGUGGUUGGGCACCACGGGAAGAACUGUACAAGCAAGGGGCGAAAUGGACGGGGGCGAAAUGUUCAAGCGUUAAAAGCAAACGGGAACCCCAUUCAAUAUCAAUGCUGCAGAACGUAUGUGGAGGCGGAAAGUGGCGUUGUGGGAGUGAAACCAGACAGCCUGUGCAAACUGUAUGAGAUGGAUGAGAACCACGAGCGACGCAUGUGGCUUGACAAACUGCUGCAGUUCAUGGAGGAGCGUGGAACACCUAUCUCAGCAUGUCCCACCAUCUCCAAGAAUCCUCUCGAUCUCUAUCGGUUGUAUGCUUACGUCAAGGAAAGAGGGGGCUUCAUGGAGGUCACAAAAAACAAAACCUGGAAAGACAUUGCAGGGCUUUUAGGCAUCGGAGCAUCUUCAAGUGCUGCAUAUACACUUCGGAAGCAUUACACGAAAAACCUUUUGGCCUUCGAAUGUCACUUUGACCGUGGAGGUAUAGACCCACAACCAAUUAUAAAUCAAGUGGAAUCUACUUCGAAGAAGAAGAUGACCAAGACAUCAUCAGUUCCAUCUCCAGAAUAUUGUGAUCACAUGCCAUCUGAUGCAAAAGAGUGGGCAGAGGAAUUGCAAGUUCUACUCUUCUCUCUUUCAGAAAAGCUUGCAGAAUCUUAUAACUUAUGUACUCAUAUCCUGUUCAUAACAUAUAUUGUGUUAAACAGUACCCGCGAUGUAGCCCCUUUCCCCUCUCUUUGUAUAUAUACUAAUGCUGAUCAUCGUGAAUCUUUGUUAGCACUGAGUGAUAAGAUUCAUACAUUGGACCCACUUUAUCGCUGUUUGAGUUACCAUUGUCUUCUUUCCCUAAGCUCCUUAAACAAGGCCACAGCUGAAUCCUUUCCCCAUCUGCUCCUCAACACCUCCCCUUUUUUCAGCAAGUUCAUGUUGAUGGUUAAUUUAAUUGUUCUCUUUGACUUGUUGACAGGUCUCUAUGUGCAUGUGCAUGAAUCAGUGAUGAUUCCAAGACAAAACAUUGUUAGUUAUUUUGCUGUGCUAAUGAUUUGGUGUGAAAUUUCUGAAAAAUGCUCAUCAAAUUCACAGGAUUCAUUUCCUGCAGCUGGUUCAAGUGGAGAAAAUAUUUUGAUAUUACAGUUAAGAGACUAUUUCCCAUAUCUUCUGAGGAGUCCAUAUCAAAAUACUAUGUCACAUGUAGAUAUCUGCUUCAGAUUGCUGGGUAAAUAUUUCUCCCCUGCUGAGGUAGACCAGCAAGUUCUGGCAGGAAUUGUUGCUUUUAUAUUUGUUAUUUUAGUAGCUAUGGAGGCCAUGAGAAAACAUACUUUUAAGUUUGAUCUUCCUUCUCUGCUUUUAUCCAUAAAACUCAUAAGAAUUCAGCAAGGCUAUCAAGGCCAGUCCGGGUACUCUCAGUAUCCGGAUCUGUAUCCCCAUAGUCGUGGACAACCAACGAAUAUGGGGCAGGAAUUCAAUCAGCAGUACUCUCCCAGCAGCUCAUAUCCACCUGCUCGGCCUAUGUAUCCUCCCUACGCUUCUGAGACUGAAAGGUUGGCUUCGAGUUCCUCAAAUAAUAGAAAAGAGAAGUACCACAGAUCUCUGAAAGGUAAACAUCCCUUAGUUGGAAACAACGAACCAGAGUGGUUCUUCCUGGAAAAUGUUUAUGUUUGGAGAAAGAAACUGCAGGGGAAUGAAAAAUGUGAACUCCACCACAACACAUUUAAGCUGUGUUGCUCUAAUGCUACUAAAUUCCAGUACGCACAGAGGAAAAUGAAAGGAUCACAUACGAGAUACUAUAUAGAAUAUGUGCAGAAGUAUACUGAAUGGAAACGUAUGAUUGAUAUGGAACUUUGUCUCAGAAUAAGGAUAUUAUCAGGGGGCCUUCAUUUGAUAGACAGAAUUGUAAAAUUUUUGGGAUUAAAAUACAUAAAGUGUGUUGAUAAGGCUUACAAUCCAAAGAAGAAUCCAAUGUUGGAUCAAAAAUUUUUUAAUGUUAAACUCUUGCCUUUGUUUUUGCCUCUGAGCAGUAAUCUUGAUAGGUGUAUCUCAGAACAGGGAGCCACUGUAAAGUACAGGAUGCAUUCCGUGUUUGGUAUGCUGGCAUCUGUCCAAUUUGCCUAUAUCAAGGACGCUACAUUUUCCAAACAAAGAACACAUCUGUUUUAUUUUAAUCAAACUAGGAAAACAGUCAGUGCCAUUUUGAUGAUGAUUUGUGAAAAUGAUGAAAUUGUCUUUGUUAAAGAUGGCAAUGUGAAUCCCGGUGAAUUGAGCAAAAUGGUCACACUACUGGCCACAUUUAUAGGGUAUUUUGAGUCUGUAACUUACCAAGUUCAGAUAGCAGACAUAAUUUCAGUGGGACAGUUAUUCCGUUUGCUGAUCAACCCUGUGUUCACUAUGUUGUUUGUGACACCUUUUAGUUACAGAUUAUCAUGCCUGCAACCUUCGACCUUGCUCAAAGAACUUCUUGCAAUUUCUGCCAUCUCUCUCAUGUGUCUGUUAACAAACAUUUUAAAUCAUUUUGUGGAUGUUAUAUUUAUGAUUUUAGCAUCUAGAGAGCUCCACAACUCAGACAACAUACCACAAGAAAGUGUAUCUCCAUGGGGAUUUACACCUCUGUUGUCUGAUUACUUUGUUACACUCUAUAAAAUCAAGAUAAAAAGUACUAGCAGCACUGAUCAUAAAAAGUCCCGUUUUACAUACAACAGGCGUUUCCUUCUGCUUGGAAUUAUUUCAGCUCUUUUUCGGUUUUUGUUUGAUAGUGCUUUGCGGAAACUUGCUGUUUACCGUACAAGUAACAACUGGUGUUACAUCUUUAUUUGUACAGAAACAUUGAAGCUGCUGGCACAAUAUAAAAGGAAGAACAUACAGAGUGAAUAUGAAUGUGUAAAGUUUCACCUGCAACUGAUGAUAUCUGUAUCUUAUCACAUGAUAAUUAAAACACAAAACAGUGUCAAGGUUUUUCUCCUUUUUAUGAGUUAUGGACAAGGUAGAGGGACGCAGCAGUCGGCUGGUGGUCAAGAUCCCUUUGGACACAACCGGUACGGGGGGCCCAGACAGCCACCUGGCUAUCCUUCACGUACUGGCUAUCCUGCUCCACCUAUGGGACCACCAGCACAGCAACCCACAGGGUAUCCACCACAGCAAGACUAUUACCGUCAAGAUCCGGUAAUUAUAGUCAUUUGUAUAAAAGUAAAUCAUACUUCUUCAUUAAAAUGUGAAAGAAAUAACAAUGCUGAUAUUCAUUUACAUUUUCUGGAGCAAUGCGAUCCUGUGUUGCAGUUACUGAAAAUUUUUAACUUCCAAACAGUCUUACCAUACUGCACAGUGCAUAACAAUAUAGUACAGCUGCUUCCCUUUGAAGUUCACUCAUUUGAGAUUUUCCAGCCCCUUUCAGAUGUAAUGGUAAUACUGGCAGGUUUCUUUAACAUUUUACGGAACAAAGUUGAAUGGUACAAAGAGAGCAAAUCAAAAGAAGGUUGUAGAGGAGCAGUGAUGAUGUCUACCAAAAUGCUGACUUUGCCUGUGGCAUUCCAAAACUCUGAGCACACCCAUUACUUAUUCAAGACUCUUACAAAUAAAUUGUCGGAUGGACUGUUGGCAGAAGAUUUUAAAAUUGGAGAAAAAAUAAGACAUAAGCUCUUUGAAAGUCACACAUUUACAUUAUCAUUACAGGCAACAAAUUCUCCUCCUCCCCAUCCCCCACAGACACACACACACACUGCCACUGCCCCCUCUGGGCAUUCACUGAUAGUUUUCCGUUAUUUGAAUAAACAGUGUAAUGUACUCUGCCUUAAGGAGGACAAUAUGCCUGCAACACUUCCACCCUCGAGAUUAAUAAUACAGUAUUCUCAGUUGAAACCAACAAUAUUAUUAUCUAGUAGAUAUGAGAUCACAUUCUCACUGAUACAAAAAUGUUAUGAUUCUGAUGUACUGUUUCUAAUAAGGGGAAAGUGUGAAAAUGUACAGCACAAUUGCAGGUCAUUACCAGGAAUAAUUAGUGCAGUUAACAGCAAGGAGCUUGUGAACAUUACAAUUGAAAGUAAAUACUGCCAACAGGUAUAUUCUGGUCAACAAGCAACUACUGCAACUGGCCCAGGUGGUCAGAUGUAUCCUGGAAGCCCUCAUAGUAAAUCAAUGCCACCUCCAGCUCCACAGACCCCUAGAAGGCAUCCAGAUUUUGCAAAAGACCCACAGCAGUCUCCCUAUCCACCAUAUAGUCAACAAAGGCCUUCUAUAUACGGCUGGAGUAGUGGUAACACUCAGUAUCGGGCACAGUACCCUCCACAAGGACCUGUUCCACAAGGGCCUCCACAGUGGAACCAAAAUGCUCAACGAGCUGGUGGUCCUGAGCCUGGUCAGCCAGCUAACAGCCAGUGGGACCAGCACCGCUACCAAGCUAGUGGACAGUCACCGUAUCAGCCUCCACAACAGCAGCAGUGGGUUCCAAGUAUGCAGACUCCUGGUAUUAAUCAAAACUCACUCCUAAGGCCACCGAUGGUUAGCCCAUGUGCUCCAUUCCGACCGGAAGGAAAGCCGUAUUCGAUGCAGCAACUACCGGGUUCAAAGGCGCAGCCACCUGGGAUGAAUAAUGCGCAGGUCUACCAACAACAGAGUGCCCCAAAGCGAGAGAUCGUUUUCCCUCCAGAAAGUGUGGAAGCAAUAUUGCCUGUUUUGUAUAAACGCAAGCGAAUGACACGAGGGGAUGUAGCACCUGUAGAAGCAUGGAGGCUUAUGAUGAGUCUGCGCUCUGGCCUACUGGCAGAGAGUGCUUGGGCUCCGGAUAUUCUCAACAUCCUUUUGUUUGAUGAUAGCACAGUUGCAUAUUUUGGACUAGCCCACAUGCCAGGACUACUUGAUGUGCUGUUGGAGCAUUUCAGACGCAGUUUAGCUGACAUGUUUGACUCGCCUCUUCCAGAUUCUGGGAAGAAGUGGUUCCAGGCACCAAAGGUGGAAACACCGGAAGUGGACCUAGGGCAAGUUAGAGUGCCAGUUGAUCCUGCAGAUCACAUCACAUUAAUGAAAUCGACACCAAAUUAUACUCUUGUGACUAGAAACGGUGAGGUAGUUCGAAUUGUGAACAGAGAUAAUGAGAUUUUUGUUGUGGAUAAUCGGAAGAGCUGGGACAUUGAAGGUGACUUGGCAGAAAACUAUGAUGUGGUUCAAGACCCGUGGCAGUUGACCUCUUCAGACAUCAGUUCGACGAAGUACAUUGUGUCAUGUUUCCAAGGAGAGUUCGGUAAUGUUCCAUUUGCGAGACUGCUUGAUGACAGUAAAACUGUAGGUGCCGAAGAGGAAGAAGAUUGUCGGACAAAAGUAAGUGAAGAAGAAUCGUAUCCCAUUGAAAACUUGAGUGUAACUCCUCCUAUAGUGCUAAAAGUGGAAUGUAGUGAUGACAACGGUGUUAUUGAUAGUUCGAGCAGUGCAUCUAAUGUGAUACUUAAUGAGGAACAUUUGAGUAAAGACAGCUCCUUCGUUGAUGUGCAGGAUAGUGAUGAAGUGAAACGGACUAAAACUAUUUUGAGUGAUGUGUUUUCGCGGAUAAAAACGGAAAAUACGGAAGAAAAUUCAUUGCUGCCUGAACACUGUGUAGACCCCUUAGAGCCUCCUGAAGAAACUGUAGAAGUGAAAAAGGAAGCAAACUGUGUCGAAAGUGAGAGCAGUAGUAAUUAUGAAAGGGAGUUGCCGCAUUCUCCAAAUGUACCAAAGGAUAUUGAAACAAAGAGUGAUAAUGCUGUAUCAGAAACUAGUGACACAAAUAAUUUUAGCAGCAGUAACAUAAAAACAGAACAUACAAACAAUGACAAUAGUUCUAAUAGCAAUGAGAGUAGUAUAUUCAACAUAAGCAAAGGUGAUAACUGUAACAGCACAACACCGAAUGAAUCCAGUUGCGAUUAUAAGAUCAAAGAAGGUGUUGAAAGUGAAAUUAUUGCCAGUGAAGAAAACAGUGAAGAAAACAGGGGCGGCCUACAAAUAAGGGAUCCUGCGGGAACGUUGAAAAGAAGACGUAUGUCAGAUUAUGAAGACGAAUGUUACACGAGAGAUGAAGCGAGCCUUUACCUUGUUACUGAUACACAGGAUGCAAAGGCAAGGCGUUGUGUUUGUCUUUCAACUAUUUUGAGGAAUCUGACAUUUGUCUCGGGCAAUGAAGCAGAGUUUGCCAAAAAUGUUACAUUCCUUGAUUUGUUGGGGAAGCUUUUACUCUUACACCACGAACAUCCUCCUCGUGCACAGAAACAGCCCAAUUAUGACCAUGAAGAAGAUGCUGACUUUGCAGAUUCUUGUAGCAGUUUACAAGGUGAGGCGGAAUGGUGGUGGGACUUCUUGCACCAUGUGCGCGAAAAUGUGUUGGUGACAGCGGCUAAUAUUGCCGGUCAUAUGGACCUCGGUCAACAUCCUGAGGAAGUGUCGCGGCCCGUAAUUGAUGGACUUCUUCACUGGGCAGUUUGUCCAGCUGCUCAUGGUCAGGACCCAUUUCCCGGAUCUUCAGGCUCGUUGUCACCCCAGCGCCUCGCACUGGAAGCUCUGUGCAAAUUGUGCGUAACGGACUCUAAUGUAGAUCUGGUUGUAGCUACGCCACCCUACUCCCGUUUGGAACGUCUGUGUGCUGUGCUGACACGACUUCUGUGCUGGUCAGAAGAGCAAGUGCUACGAGAGUUUGCAGUGAAUAUGCUGCACUACCUGGCCGCUGCGGACAGUGGUGUGGCACGUACUGUUGCACUGCAGAGCCCGUGUGUGUCCUUGCUAGUAGCAUUCAUCGAGCAGGCGGAAGCUACUGCAUUAGGGGUAGCCUAUCAGCACGGUAUCGGUGCACUUAUAGACAAUCCAGAUGCUAUGGGAACCAGUCUGGAUAUGCUGAGGCGUGCGGCUGGUACAUUACUUCAUCUGGCACGACAUCCUGAAAACCGGCCGCUCUUCCUGCAGCAAGAACAGCGUCUGUUAUCCCUCGUCAUGAGCCAGAUCCUCGAUCAGCAAGUGGCAGCUGUAAUCUCCAGUGUUCUUUUCCAGUGCUCAUGGCCCUCUUCGUAGCAUGCACAGCAGUUGUAGACAACUAAGUGGUGAAACUGGCACGGAUGUUUCCUUCUCUUGUGAUUUUUGCUGGAACAUAUUGUGAGAGAUGACUUUUAAGUCUGAAUGUAAUGAGGACUGAGUUUCCGGUUCGUCAGUCCUUUAUUCCUUUCUUUUA